AUGGCAGCCGAAGCCUUCUUCUUCGAAGUUCCCGACUGCCCCAAGGGGACCAUUCUCAAGUUGAAAGCUCCAGAUGGCAAGACUCUUCAAAUACCACUUCCGCAAGAAGCAGUGCCGGGGGACCACAUGUACCUCUCGAAGACAGAGGGAGGGUCCUGGGCAUUCGACAAAAUCAUCCGGCACAAGUACACGAAAGGAGCAGAGGAUGUGGCUGCAGUUGCGAUGAAGACAGAGGAGGAAGUACAGAAAGAUCUGCGUGGCCCAGAAACGGUUCAGGUACAGCUGGAUACGACGAAGGGCCCAAUCCGACUGACAAUUGUGCCAUCCUGGAGCCCAUUGGGCGCGCAGCGCGCUCUUGACAUGGUGCGUGACGGAUUCCUGCAGGAUCUGGCCAUCUACCGGGGUAUCAAAGGCUUCCUUGUCCAGUUUGGAGUUGUCGAUGAUGAAAAGAAGAAGGCGCCCUACACGCCCCUUCCAGACGACCCCCUUUGCGGGGUGCCAUACCUUGAAGGCACUGUCGGCUUUGCUGCCGCCGGCCCCAACACGCGAGGAUGUCAGCUCUGCCUCUUCUUGGGUGCCGCCCCCUCCCUUGGGCGCAACUCUGUGGAGACGCCCAUUGGUCGCGUCUUACCAGAGAGCAUGGAGACUCUCCAUUCACUGUUUUUGCCGGGAGACAUCCCUCAGUGUGGCGGAAAAGGGCCCGAUCCGCACAAGCUUGCAGAGUCGGGCAACGCUUACAUCCAGGACAACUUUCCCGAGUGUGACUUCGUCACGGGGGCCUCUGUGAUCUGA